UCUCUUCUAUCUGCAGGUGGCAUUGCUGGUGGCAUUGAAAUCUGCAUUACAUUCCCCACCGAGUAUGUGAAGACACAGCUCCAGCUUGAUGAGAAGGCGCACCCGCCGCGGUAUGCUGGCAUCGCGGACUGUGUGAAGCAGACUGUGCGUGGCCAUGGAGUGAAGGGGCUGUACCGAGGUCUCAGCUCACUGGUGUAUGGCUCCAUACCCAAGGCUGCUGUGAGGUUCGGCAUGUUCGAGUUCCUCAGCAACCAGAUAAGAGACGAGCAGGGGAAGCUGGACAGCACGCGCAGCCUCUUCUGUGGCUUGGGAGCUGGGGUGGCAGAGGCAGUCAUGGUGGUGUGUCCCAUGGAGACCAUUAAGGUGAAGUUUAUCCAUGACCAAUGCUCCCCCAAGCCCAAGUACCAUGGUUUCUUCCAUGGUGUGCGGGAGAUAGUCCGUGAGCAAGGUCUGAAGGGCACCUACCAGGGGCUGACAGCCACUGUCCUCAAGCAGGGAUCCAACCAGGCCAUUCGCUUCUUUGUCAUGACCUCUCUUAAGAACUGGUACAAAGGGGAUGAUCCAAAUAAGGUCAUAAACCCCUUUAUCACUGGCGUGUUUGGGGCCACUGCCGGAGCUGCAAGUGUCUUUGGCAACACCCCGCUGGAUGUGGUGAAAACCAGGAUGCAGGGACUGGAAGCGCACAAGUACAAGAGCACCUGGGACUGUGCCUACAAGAUCAUGAAAUAUGAAGGGCCCCUGGCGUUUUACAAGGGUACCAUCCCGCGCCUGGGUCGGGUCUGCCUGGAUGUGGCCAUUGUCUUUGUCAUCUAUGACGAAGUGGUCAAGCUCCUCAACAAGGUGUGGAAGACGGACUGAGCCCAUGGCUCCGGGCAGUAGCACCGCCUCCACCUCUGCCAGGCCACAGCUGGAGAAGGAUGACCAAUCCCAGAGGAACCAGAGGGACACAUUACCAGAGGCGGUGCUGGGGGCUCAAGUCUCCCAUGUGUGUGCAGGCAGGGGAAGCCACCCCAUGCCCCCCCUCCCCAUCCCUUCCUUUAACAAACCCAAUGACCUUUAUUUAUAGGAAUGAACUGUGAUAGGUUUAAAUUAUGGAUCGUGCAAUGCUAUGAUGGGGGGAGGGGGAAAUCUUAUAUGCAGGCUUCACGGUGGCCAGCUGUGGCAGCUUGGAGGGGUACAAAGAGCUAGGAACUCGGUGCCCAUGAGUGAGAAAGGCGCUACAGUUCUUCAGCUCAGAAUUCAGUCAGUUUUCUUUUGCCUUUGGACCAAAUUAGCCAGCAAGUAGCUUUCCACUGACAGGCACUGUUAUGCCAUGUCUAUCCUAACAGGCGGCACUGCACUGAGGGAGGCUGGAAGGCUGGUUGCUCUCCCUGCCAUGCUGUGAGGGCCCUGGCUGUAGGGGAGCUCCCAGCUACUCCAGUGCCAGCCUUGAGAUGCAGGAAUUGCUAGAGGGGAUGGUUUGGAUCUCAGUCAGUGAUGGGGAACCCCAGCCUGCUCUAGCAGACCUCAUCCUUGCCUCAAGUGCAGCAUUUCCAUUUGGAAGAGGCAACUUAAUGCUGUGUGGCCUAUAUUGGCCAUUUCGCAUCUGGAAGCUGGGGGGGUGUCACAGGGCAGCCAGCAUUGGUUCAUCCCUCCCCUCUGAGCCAGAUCCAGUAUGACCCAUGGCCUUAAAUCUGUUCUGAGCAUGCCCAUCCUCCUGUCAGCUCUGCCAGGCCAGCAGCAUCCCUUGGAGGAGAACGGGGAAUCCAUUCUGCACCGUCUCUCCUUGAAGUUGAGGGCAGACAGCAUGCCCUGUCCUGUCCUCCUCUCUCACUGUUGGCAUCUGGCAGAGCUGUUGCAGGCCUGGCACAUCCCUGACUCCCCAGCCCAGACAUGUAACAUUCUGGUAUGGACCAAAGGCACCCAUGCCACUGGGGCUCGGUGAAGUUUUGGUUUUCAUUGCUGAGGAAACAUCCUCCGAGCAACCAGAACCUGCAGCACCUCUGCCAAAGCCCCUCUGUUUACAAUUUGAAGGUGUGAGGAAGGGGCAAGGGCACGGGUGACACCCUCUUGCCUUACGCUUGGCCUCUGUACCACUCGCAAGGA